AUGGCGAUGAAUGCGAACAUGUAUGGGUUCGCAGGGCAUUCUCUCGUCACUCCGCAUUUCGCCAUCAAGCAGGCAUGGUGGACGACCGAGCGCAUCACCGCCAAAGUCACCCGUACCUUCGUGACGUCCAAACUGAGAGGAGAGGAGCGGGACUUCCUCGCCCAGCAGGUUCCCUUUGGCGAAGGUCUCACCGAUAGCACUUACAUGGACUGGAUUCUUGACAAGUGCAAACGCCUCUUCCUGAUCCUGGCCGAGGUCGGGGUGCCAGACCAGAUCUUCGGAUGUAUAGACGAUGCUUGGACCGACGAUGACUUGCCCAUCCCACUCCACAGCAUCCCAAGUCUCGAGCUUUCCGUCGAGCCCGACGAUGCGCUGAACCAAAGGUUCCACGACACACAAUUCCGCUACCUCCUCCGCGAGCUUCAACCCGGCUCCCACAUCUCCUACGGCCCCAGUGAGCAUAUCCCAAUGGAGCAUGUCAAUACUGCCCCGCCUGCCGUCACCCUGCAGGUCUGCGACCGAGUCCACUUCCCGGGCAAACCCAACGAAGUCUUCAUGCGCCGCAAGGUAAACCUGGUAGAAAAGGACACUGGCAAAGACCAUCGCGAAAGCUUCAUGCGGGACAUUCAGGAGGCUCAAAGGCUGCAGCACCCACACAUCGCCCCCGUCUGGGCAUCUUACACCUCCGAAGAUGCUGCUUACAUUCUCUCGAAUUUUGUCGGCGAACACACUCUGGGCACGUUCAUUGACCACCGCGGGCCCACUCAAUGGAAGCAACUCCCGCCGGCACGACAGUUGCCGCUGCUACUCGAGUGGAUGCAUUGCCUUGCAGAUACCGUGGCCUUUCUACACCGCCGCGGAGUAGCGCACACUGCGAUUCGGCCCUCAAACAUCCUCAUAAACCGCCAAAAUCGCAUAGCGUUUGCAGAUGUUGGUGCCCUGCGAACCUUCCAGCGCGGAAAGAAGAUAGACAAAAUUGAAAGCUACGACUACGCUGCCUCUGAGUCGCAUCUUGCAUCGCGUUCAACACACGCCGCACAAAUCUCGCCCAGUCCAGCAGUCCUCCACCCUGGAACACUUCGCGAUCUACCAUCCACUACGCCGUUCAUGUCAGACAUCUACUCGCUGGCAUGUGUCUUCCUUGACAUCCUCACAUUCAUCCUCCGCGGCAAAACGACCGACUUUGUCAAGUUCCGCACCACCCGCCCAACCUCUGUUCCGGGAUCACCACGGUCCCCGCGAGGCAAAAGCGACACCUCCUUCCACUCUGAUCCGGAGAAGAUACUCGAGUGGAUCACGAUGCUGAAGAAUGAAAGCGAGCGUCGCAGCGAGCAGAUCUUUCGUGGCUUCCCCGACUUGUUGCUCUUGAUCCGAAGGAUGCUGGCACAGAAUCCAGCGCUGCGUCCGACGGCGAUAGAAGUGCGGGAGCAGUUACAAAGUAUCUUCCUGAUUCCCUCGAUGUCAUUUUCAUCGGAUCAGGGACUUCUCCCGGGAUUCGUGGAGUAG